AUGAGGUAUCAGAAUUGGGACGUGCUCCUCUUUCCUGCGGAUUCCAGGGUUCCAAUCCAGGAAUUUGAUACAAAAUGCUUCGCCCUCGAUCCAAGCUCUCGCAUUACGACGCUGCAGGGGCAGUCUCACGGGGAACUCGACAACUUCGAAUCCAUGACACUGGUACCCACGGUCACCUCAUUCGUGGCAAGCCUGGAACGCCAUACUCCUUUCCGAAUCUCUAUCCACAGCUGGAAAAAGCCCACGGCCUCCCAAGUACUCCGAAGCUACAAGACACGUGAUGAGAGCGUCAUGUUCGAAGCACGUAUCUAUGUUGAUGGAACUCUUCAGGCUCAACAUUCUUUCGAUGACGAUAGUGCAUGGCCAGAAGUGAUAGAAGAAGAGACACGCACCGGUGAGGGUCGCCCACUCUUGUUUCCUGUCUUUCAUAGAGACGUUCUCUACCAGACGCAUUGGGAACCAGGAGAUGCUAUUGGUCGCAUUAAAGUCGUUAUUGCAGAAGGGGUAGUUCGCGAAGAUAUCCCUCAACCAGAUACUCACAUCACAUUCGACCGAUUGCGUGAUGUGGUGUCAUUUGCAUUCCAGCAUGCACCUCAAGAUGUCCUAGAGUAUUCCAGCAUCGCAUGGCCGAAUUUGCGAAUGUUUGGCAGAGUCACAAAACCUGCGAAGCGACCAGGUCCCAUCGUGUCCCGAGUGGCCCCAGCUAUUCCUUAUCAUGACGUUUAUUCGCACUCACCCGAGAGAUUAUCCAUCGGUAGUCGAAACAUCAAGCACAGAUCAACUGACUGUGACGGGUUUCAGAGGUUGUUGAAUGCAGAGACCUUCUCUGACUUGCAAUCUGAUCCUCCAACCAAGGCCAUUGAGAACGAUUCCACCAAGGCUGCGCCAUACCGGCGUCCGGGACUUGUGGACCCUACGGACAAUCCAGAGGAUCCAUUUGUUGGCCCUCGAUCGGUCGCAAGUCGAGCAUGGCGAGCACAGCUAAGGGCUUCCAGCCAUGACGUUUCCAUGCCGGACUACGUCUCAAGCGGGAGGGAGCACAGUCGAACGCAUACCGAAAUGUCUGAUGUCAACUAUCCGAAAGCAAACUUCCUCAAACACAUGGAACAGGCUCAUCCACGAGAGAUUGUACAGGCUCUCAGCCCAGCUCAGCAAGCGCAGCUUAUGAAGGAACUGAAAGCGUUCAGAACCCCAACACAGGGGACACAUGCUCCCUCCAAUACACCACGGUCUUUAUCUGUACUAAAGAAGACAACGCUGGCCGUGGACAAGAUUCGCGACAGCAUAGGCAGCAGAGUCAGAUCAAGUGCAAGCUCAUCUCGUCAAUUUAAUGACACGUAUUGCCCUCCAAAUGAAGCCACAUGCGAGCAUAGGACACGAAGCAGUCCUUGCUCCGGCAACAGUGGCCAGCCAGAGAUAGCAUUGUCCACGGUAGCCGAUGGCUGUCGACCAGCACCUUUGGGGACAAGCCGCACAAGAUCACACUCGAACACCUCCAAGCGUAAACGGCACUUUAAUUCGGCAGAGGACGAAGCGACCAGUGAGGGUUGCAGAGUACAAGUCACGGAGCACUCGUCGCCGUCAAGAACCGUCGGCAUUGUCGCAGCGGCUUGCGAGGACCAAGCAGCCGAGGUAGGAGAUGGUCUCAAUGCUGACUAG